AGGGUUUGCAAACUUCCAGCCAUGGCCGUCGGGAAGAACAAGCGGAUCUCGAAGGGCAAGAAGGGUGGGAAGAAGAAGGCGGUUGAUCCGUUCGCGAAGAAGGACUGGUACGAUAUCAAGGCGCCCUCUGUGUUCACCGUCAAGAACGUGGGCAAAACGCUUGUUUCUCGUACGCAGGGUACAAAGAUUGCUUCAGAAGGUCUCAAGCAUAGAGUGUUUGAGAUAUCGCUUGCUGACCUUCAAGGUGAUGAGGACCAUGCGUACAGGAAAAUCCGUUUGAGAUCUGAAGAUGUCCAGGGUAGAAAUGUCCUGACUAAUUUCUGGGGCAUGGACUUUACAACUGACAAGCUGAGGUCCCUGGUGAGGAAAUGGCAAACUUUGAUCGAAGCCCAUGUUGAUGUCAAGACGACAGAUAAUUACACAUUGAGGAUGUUCUGUAUUGGCUUCACUAAGAGACGGCCUAACCAAGUCAAGAGGACCUGCUAUGCUCAGUCUAGCCAGAUUAGACAGAUACGUAGAAAGAUGAGGGAAAUCAUGGUAAACCAGGCAACAUCUUGUGAUUUGAAAGAGUUGGUCCGCAAGUUCAUUCCAGAAUCAAUUGGAAAGGAGAUUGAGAAGGCAACAUCAAGCAUCUAUCCCCUACAGAACGUGUUCAUCCGGAAAGUGAAGAUCUUGAAGGCUCCUAAGUUUGACCUUGGGAAGUUGAUGGAGGUCCAUGGAGAUUAUUCGGAAGAUGUUGGUGUGAAGCUGGACAGGCCAGCUGAUGAAACAGUGGCAGAGGUGACUACCGAGGUUGUUGGAGCUUGAAUGUAGAGUUAAUGAGAUGCUGAGAAUGUGUCUUAUUUGUGAGAGUUACCUUGAUCAUUUCCAUUUGAAGGGAGGUUUUAUUUGUGAACCUGCCGAAAAUUUUCUUUUAAGCACCUUAUGACUGUUGUUUCAUCAAGGAAGAGAAGACAAUUUUGUUCUUUAAUUUUGUAGACACCCUUAGAUUUUUGUUCUCAGCCAUCUAAAUUAUGGCUGUUUAUC